CCCGUCAAUAUGGCGGCGAUCGGCCGCGGCCGCUCUCUGAAGAACCUCCGAAUACGAGGGCGGAAUGACAGCGGCGAGGAGAACGUCCCGCUGGAUCUGACCCGAGAGCCUUCUGAUAACUUAAGGGAGAUUCUCCAAAAUGUGUCCAAAUUGCAAGGAGUAUCAAAUAUGAGAAAGCUAGGCCAUCUAAAUAACUUUACUAAGCUUCUUUGUGAUAUUGGCCAUAGUGAAGAAAAACUGGGUUUCAACUAUGAAGAUAUCAUAAUUUGUUUGCGUUUAGCUUUACUAAAUGAAGCAAAAGAAGUACGAGCAGCAGGGCUACGAGCACUUCGCUAUCUCAUCCAAGACUCCAGUAUUCUACAGAAGGUGCUAAAAUUGAAAGUGGACUAUUUAAUAGCCAGGUGCAUUGACAUACAACAGAGCAACGAGGUAGAGAGGACACAAGCACUUCGAUUAGUCAGAAAGAUGAUCACUGUGAAUGCUUCCCUGUUUCCUAGUUCUGUGGCCAACUCAUUAAUAGCAGUUGGAAAUGAUGGACUUCAAGAAAGGGACAGAAUGGUGCGAGCGUGCAUUGCUAUUAUCUGUGAACUAGCACUUCAGAAUCCAGAAGUGGUGGCCCUUCGAGGUGGACUAAACACCAUCUUGAAAAAUGUGAUCGAUUGCCAAUUGAGUCGAAUAAAUGAGGCACUCAUCACUACUAUUUUGCAUCUCCUUAAUCAUCCAAAGACUCGACAGUAUGUUCGAGCUGAUGUAGAAUUAGAGCGAAUUUUAGCGCCCUAUACUGAUUUUCACUACAGACAUAGUCCAGAUACAGCUGAAGGACAGCUGAAAGAAGACAGAGAAGCACGGUUUCUAGCCAGUAAAAUGGGAAUCAUAGCGACAUUCCGGUCGUGGGCAGGUAUUAUUAAUUUAUGUAAACCUGGUAACUCUGGGAUCCAAUCACUAAUUGGAGUACUUUGCAUACCAAAUAUGGAAAUAAGGCGUGGUCUGCUUGAAGUGCUUUAUGAUAUAUUUCGACUUCCUUUGCCUGUUGUGACUGAGGAGUUCAUAGAAGCACUGCUUAGUGUAGAUCCAGGUAGGUUCCAAGACAGUUGGAGGCUUUCAGAUGGCUUUGUAGCAGCUGAGGCAAAAACUAUUCUUCCUCACCGUGCCAGAUCCAGGCCAGAUCUCAUGGAUAAUUAUUUGGCGCUAAUACUCUCUGCAUUUAUUCGUAAUGGACUUUUAGAGGGUUUGGUUGAAGUGAUAACGAACAGUGAUGACCAUAUCUCAGUUAGAGCUACCAUUCUUUUAGGAGAGCUUUUGCAUAUGGCAAACACAAUUCUCCCUCAUUCUCACAGCCAUCAUUUGCACUGCUUGCCAACUCUAAUGAAUAUGGCUGCAUCCUUUGAUAUACCCAAGGAAAAGAGACUGCGAGCCAGUGCAGCGUUGAACUGUUUAAAACGCUUCCAUGAAAUGAAGAAACGAGGACCUAAGCCUUAUAGCCUUCAUUUAGAUCACAUUAUUCAGAAAGCAAUUGCAACACACCAGAAACGGGAUCAGUAUCUUCGAGUUCAGAAAGAUAUAUUUGUUCUUAAGGAUACAGAAGAAGCUCUUCUAACAAACCUUAGAGACAGCCAGGUCCUUCAGCAUAAAGAGAAUCUUGAAUGGAACUGGAAUCUUAUAGGGACCAUUCUUAAGUGGCCAAAUGUAAAUCUAAGAAACUAUAAAGAUGAACAGUUACACAGGUUUGUACGAAGACUGCUUUAUUUUUACAAGCCCAGCAGUAAGUUGUACGCCAACCUGGAUUUGGAUUUUGCCAAGUCCAAACAGCUCACAGUUGUGGGUUGUCAGUUUACAGAAUUUCUUCUUGAGUCCGAAGAGGAUGGGCAAGGAUACUUAGAAGAUCUAGUAAAGGAUAUUGUUCAGUGGCUCAAUGCCUCUUCUGGAAUGAAGCCUGAAAGAAGUCUUCAAAAUAAUGGUUUACUAACUACUCUUAGUCAACACUACUUUUUAUUUAUUGGGACACUUUCUUGCCACCCUCAUGGAGUCAAAAUGCUGGAAAAAUGCAGUGUAUUUCAAUGUCUCCUUAACCUUUGCUCCUUGAAAAACCAGGAUCACUUGCUAAAACUGACUGUUUCUAGCUUGGAUUAUAGCAGAGAUGGAUUGGCUAGAGUUAUCCUUUCCAAAAUCCUCACUGCAGCUACGGAUGCUUGCAGGCUGUAUGCAACAAAACAUUUAAGGGUAUUACUGAGAGCUAAUGUUGAAUUCUUCAAUAAUUGGGGGAUUGAGUUGUUAGUAACUCAGCUACAUGAUAAAAACAAAACGAUUUCUUCUGAAGCUCUGGAUAUCUUAGAUGAAGCAUGUGAAGACAAGGCCAAUCUUCAUGCUCUUAUUCAGAUGAAACCAGCGUUAUCCCACCUUGGAGACAAGGGUUUGCUGCUUCUCCUUAGAUUUCUCUCCAUUCCAAAAGGAUUUUCCUAUCUGAAUGAAAGGGGUUAUGUAGCAAAACAGUUGGAAAAGUGGCACAAGGAAUAUAAUUCAAAAUAUGUUGACUUGAUUGAGGAACAACUUAAUGAAGCACUUACUACAUAUCGGAAGCCUGUUGAUGGUGAUAACUAUGUUCGUCGAAGUAACCAAAGAUUACAGCGUCCUCAUGUCUACCUGCCGGUACACCUUUAUGGACAACUGGUACACCACAAAACAGGCUGCCAUUUGUUGGAAGUGCAGAAUAUUGUUACAGAACUGUGUCAUAAUGUUCGGACUCCAGAUUUGGAUAAAUGGGAAGAAAUUAAAAAACUGAAAGCGUCUCUUUGGGCCUUGGGAAAUAUUGGCUCAUCAAAUUGGGGUCUUAAUUUGCUACAAGAAGAAAAUGUGAUUCCAGAUAUACUUAAACUUGCAAAACAGUGUGAGGUUCUUUCCAUCAGAGGGACCUGUGUAUAUGUACUCGGGCUCAUUGCUAAAACCAAACAAGGCUGUGAUAUCCUAAAAUGUCACAACUGGGAUGCUGUGAGGCAUAGUCGCAAACAUCCAUGGCCAGUGGUUCCUGAUGAUGUGGAACAACUCUGUAAUGAACUCUCCUCUGUCCCAAGCACCCUGAGUUUGAACUCAGAGUCAACCAGCUCUAGACAUAAUAGUGAAAGUGAAUCUGCACCAUCAAGUAUGUUCAUAAUGGAGGAUGACCGGUUUGGCAGCAGCUCUACUAGUACAUUCUUCCUUGACAUCAAUGAAGAUGCGGAGCCACCAUUUUAUGAUCGACCUGGACCCAUAAAGGAUAAAAAUUCCUUCCCUUUCUUUGCUUCUAGUAAACUUGUCAAGAAUCGUAUCUUAAAUUCACUUACUUUGCCAAAUAAAAAACAUCGCAGCAGCAGUGAUCCAAAAGGAGGGAAACUGUCAUCUGAGAAUAAGACAAGCAACAGACGAAUCCGAACACUCACAGAGCCCAGUGUUGACUUGAAUCAUAGUGAUGAGUUCACACCCAUAUCCACAGUGCAGAAAACAUUACAAUUAGAAACUUCAUUUGUUGGGAAUAAGCACACUGAAGACACUGGUAGUACGCCAAGUAUUGGAGAAAACGACCUCAAGUUUACCAAGAGUUUUGGUACAGAAAAUCACAGAGAAAACACAAGCCGAGAAAGGUUAGUUGUAGAAAGUUCAACGAGCUCACAUAUGAAGAUACGUAGCCAAAGUUUUAAUACCGACACUACAACAAGUGGGAUAAGUUCCAUGAGCUCAAGUCCUUCUCGAGAGACAGUAGGUGUAGAUGCUACAACUGUGGACACAGACUGUGGAAGUAUGAGUACUGUGGUAAGUACUAAAACUGUUAAGACAAGCCACUAUUUGACACCACAGACUAACCAUCUGUCUCUCUCCAAAUCAAACUCCGUGUCCCUGGUGCCGCCAGGUUCUUCUCAUACACUUCCUAGAAGAGCACAGUCCCUUAAAGCACCCUCAAUUGCUACAAUUAAAAGUCUAGCAGAUUGUAACUUCAGCUACACAAGUUCUAGAGAUGCCUUUGGCUAUGCUACACUGAAAAGAUUACAGCAACAGAGAAUGCAUCCAUCCUUAUCGCACUCUGAAGCUUUGGCAUCUCCAGCAAAAGAUGUGCUGUUUACCGAUACCAUCACCAUGAAGGCCAACAGUUUUGAGUCCAGAUUAACACCAAGCAGGAUCGAUUUUAAAAAGAAGCAUGUCGGGGGAAUCAGGAGCUUAAGACCUACAAUAACAAACAACCUUUUCAGGUUUAUGAAAGCUUUAAGUUAUGCAUCAUUAGAUAAAGAAGAUUUAUUAAGUCCUAUUAAUCAAAAUACCUUGCACCGAUCCUCCUCAGUGAGAUCCAUGGUGUCCAGUGCUACAUAUGGUGGCUCAGAUGACUACAUUGGUCUUGCUCUUCCAGUCGAUAUCAAUGAUAUAUUCCAGGUAAAGGAUAUUCCCUAUUUUCAGACCAAAAACCUACCUCCUCAAGAUGAUCGAGGUUCAAGAGUGUUUGCCCCUGAUGCAGGAGGUCUUUCAUCUGGAACUGGAGGUCUUGUAAAACACUCUUUUCACUUGCUACGACAACAGAUGAGUCUUACGGAAAUCAUGAACUCAAUCCAUUCAGACGCUUCUCUGUUUUUAGAAAGUACAGAAGACACUGGACUGCAGGAGCACACAGAUGAUAACUGCCUUUAUUGUGUCUGUAUUGAAAUUCUGGGUUUCCAACCCAGUAAUCAACUAAGUGCGAUCUGUAGUCAUUCAGACCUUCAAGAUAUUCCAUAUUCUGAUUGGUGUGAGCAAACGAUCCAUAAUCCCUUAGAAGUGGUUCCUUCUAAGUUUUCAGGCAUUUCUGGAUGCAGUGAUGGGGUAUCUCAAGAAGGCUCAGCUAGCAGCACCAAAAGCACAGAAUUACUGCUAGGUGUUAAAACAAUUCCAGAUGAUACACCAAUGUGCCGUAUACUCCUUCGCAAAGAAGUUCUAAGAUUAGUCAUUAAUUUGAGUAGCUCGGUUUCAACUAAAUGUCAUGAAACUGGACUUUUAACAAUUAAGGAGAAAUAUCCUCAGACAUUUGAUGACAUAUGCCUUUACUCUGAAGUUUCCCAUUUGCUGUCACACUGCACAUUUAGACUUCCAUGUCGGAGGUUCAUACAAGAAUUAUUUCAAGAUGUACAGUUUUUACAGAUGCAUGAAGAAGCAGAGGCUGUGUUGGCAACACCACCAAAGCAACCUGUACUUGAUACAUCUGCUGAAUCCUGACCUCAUAUUUAUGAUGUAUAUAGCUAUUUACUAUAUAUAUUCAUAUUUGUGGAUUUCUUAAAAGCCUCAGAAAAUACUGACUGGGCAGCAAAGACAGGAGUAUCUUCUGUGUACUGUUCCAGCAAUUACUGGUACAUGAACAGUUGGAACUGCUGACAUCCUUAACCAAAACAACUUCCUUUUUUCCUCUGUUGAGCCCUUUGCGGGGCUUAUGAUCCAUUACUAGUUUUACUAGUUUCAGUUACCAUUGUAUGCAAGAGCCAAGCACUGAAUACCUACACAGGUUUUCUAAUUUUCCAUUUUAAAAAUAAAACAGUGGAACAAUGAUAGGAUAUGCAGAAGCACCCUUCACACAGUUGUUUCUGAAUUCUUUUCUUAGAAUAAAUUUAAAGAUGCCUUGUUUGUUAACUAAUUCGAGGAAACCAGGGAUCAGUGUCUUUGAGGCUGCAUCCUGUUACUACAAUGGGGUGUGCUACAACUGCCGGUAUUAAAAGGGGGAACUUUGGCCCUUCCCAUUUUCCUUAAGGUUUGUAACACUACUUCCGAGGUUUGCAACCUCAGAGUUAAAGAAGAGCCGCAACAACCCGGGACAUAUAAGUUAUUUUUCUGUUAUUACACUUCCAUGAAGAUUCUUACUUGUUUUCUGUCUUUUCAGUUGGUUGCAGUGUGUUUUUAUAGGCUAUUUGAACCAAUUGAGGUUUUUCACUACAGUUCCUGACUGAAAUCAGAAAAUCAUUUUAUAAUUGAAUUAAAAUAUUCCCCACUCAUAGAACACGUAUUUUCAGUGGACUUCCGUUUUCAUCAACUUCCCAGGUCAUCAUUUUAAAUGGGAACUUGAACAUGCACUAUUUAUUCAUUUAGACCUAAAGCAAAAGAAAGCAUUAAAUACACUCUGGAUCUUCUGAGAAAGAGAUAAGUUAGCUUACAAUGUACACAUUCCAUGGGAAAAGAAGAGCCAUAUUUCUUUUUUAAAAAAUCAUUAAUGGGAUAUGUCAUUAAGAUUAAAAAUUGUAGUGAAAAGCCUUAAGUACCAAAUUCUAAAGCAGCAGUAACUUAAUGUUUAUAUCAGUGUUCUUGUUUUGCACAAGCUAAAUGCAGUGAUAGGUGAGUUUAUGAGUACAAUAGUUGCCUUUAUCACAUUUGUGAAGUUAUUAAGUUGAUGAGGGCAAGGUUUUGUUUAAUUUGUAUAUGUAUAAAGAUACCUGGAAAUCUUUACAGGAAUUAAACAUAUAUGCAAAUUUGUAUAUAAAAUAGCAUGGCCAUCAUCAUUAGAAUGCUUGUAAAUGAAUGGAGUAUCUUUUUGAGAUCUCUAUAUAUGUAAGUAAAAAUAGAAAAAAAUCCAGCUGGGCUGAUCAGGACCCUUUUGAAAUUGAUUUGUGUAUACCGUUUUACAAGUAUGCAUCAGCCUUGCCACAGUCAUGGGUCACUGUUUUCCCACGUUACAGACAGAUCCUUUUUGUAAUGGGCUUGUUCUUUGAGAUCUCUGUGAAUCACCUGUGAAACUUAAAAGCAAAACAAAACAAAAAGAAACAAAAAAAAUCCAACAGAGAUACUCUUUUGUUUCUUAAUUUCCUGGCACUGAAAAUUCCAUUUGGGAUGAUGAAUUUCGUCUCACUUCCUAACACCUCUUUGACUGCACUUCAGUGAAUUGUUCUUAUGUGCACUGUGUAGCAACUUACAUUAUAAACAAAAGCAGAUAAGGGCUGUAAGCUGCUGCCUAUGUUAAAAAGCAGUUCUUCAGAUUUUCUCUCACAAAAUCCAAUGAAGAUAAAAUAAUUUUUUAACUUUUAUCACUGAACCCAAGUGUUUAAGUGUCAACAGUACUUCUAAGAACGUUGCCUGUCAUGUUGGUCUUUGGUCUUGGAUAAUUAAACUGCCUUUCCAGAGAACCAAAUGUCAGAAAUACUAGACCAAAUAGUGGUUACAAACUCCAAAGGAAGUAAUGUAGUAGUCUUAUUCAUAAAUAAGAUUAACAUAUUUUAGACAUUCAUUUUAAACACUACCUCAGUUAAUAUAGAGUAUAAAAAAAUCUGUGGUUUAAUCCUUCAAAAGUUAACGGUAAUUCCUUUUUGUUAACGUACACACAGCCAUCCCCAUUCCUGGGACCCUUCCUUCCCCUCCAUCAUUCAUCCUGAAAUUAAGGCUUAAUUAUAAGUAUUAGGCUGAACAGUUUUUUUGGACUGUUAUUUUGAAAGACGUGUUAUGUAUGUAUCUUCAUAUCUGCUUAUAUAGCACUUACUUUGGGGAAAUAGAGCUUUGUGGUUACCAGUAUAGUAAGGAAAAAGUGUCUACACUUAACAUUUAUAGUGCUAUUUGGUUUAUCCAUGAUUUCACUGACAGGUCUAAUACGUUUGCUUCGAGUACUUGUUUGUUUAAAAGUAGACUUUUAUGAUGAAAAAUACAUGCAGUGCCAAGUAAUUAACUUAGAUGUUUAAAAAUAUUAUAGUGGAAAAGAUUAGGAAUGGUGUCAGUGGCAAUAGAAAUAAUGGAGAAAAUCAUCUAUAAAUAAUAGAUAUUAUGAGAUUAUAGAAUACCAAAAUAAUGUCAGUAGUUUUUCACUGUUUUAGAAUUAAUCUUAGUCCAUAUAAAUUUGUAAUAUUGCUAAUUUUGGAUAAUUUGAAGGAGUUUGGGCAGUUGUACUGGUUGUAAACUGUGAAUUUCUAAUUGUCAAGUAAGUUUUCAUUUCUAAUUUCUAAUUCAGUUUUGUUUCUUGCAAAACAGAUUUCAGCUUCAAAAACUAAGUAAAUAUAAAUAUAGAAAUUGGAAAUUUAAUAUUUAUAACUAAAUAUGAUCUAAAAUUUCUUAUGCUUUUAUUUUCUGUUUAUGCUUAGGUAGAUUUGAGUAGGGGAGAAAAUCUAUUCCCUCAUAAUUAAAUUUUUCUAAUAAAGGUUAGUAGCAUAAGGACUUUCUGUAAAACACUGACAUUAAAAGAGGCUCUUUGGAAGUGUACACAUUAUUGUAACAACACAGUAAUGCUUGUAGAUUCCUUUUGAAAUCAUGGCUUUAGUCAUUUCUAGCUCUUUUCUCUAGAGCUUGAGAUCAUUAAAGCUGAGUCUUACAGGGCAUGUCACAAAGGCCCAGUGUUCAGUAGCAAGAUGUCGAUGCAAUUUGUUUAGAUUUACCUACUGCUAUUUAUAUAAAAUUUUAUUUCAUUCCAUUCAGAGGAUGCCUUGUAUCCCCAUGUUAAAGCACAGAUCAUUAAGCAAUAAAAACCAAAUUGUUAUUCAAAUUAUGACUGCAGCUAUUUUUGCAUGGUAAGAGUGAGGUGCUAAUUUUGUGUGAGGUGAAUUUUGUAAACUACUUUGGGAAGUGUUCUUUGGAAGUAAGGUUUUAUUCCCCUGUAGUCCUGUGCUUCCAGUUUUGUCUCAAAUUCAUGAUCCAUGAAAACAUGAGAGAGAAGAGAAAUGAAAAAUUUUUAUGAGAAAAGCUGUUUGGAAUGAACAGACAUGUCAGAUUUUCCAAAACUUAAGACAGAUCUCUCUCUUCUUCAUAUUUACAAAAUACCUUGUUACCGUUUUAAUUUUCAAGAGUGUUGCUGCAGUGAGAGUUUUGUUACAGAGCAUACCCAUGAGAUUAAUAGCAGUACUUUAUCAAAGAACAUUGAAAUCUGAGAAUUUUUCUAGAAGUGUUCUUCCUUUUCCUUCAUGCUAGGUUUAUUUGACUCACAGAAUGUAGAUGUUUCCCCCCAGUGAAGUAUUUUUGUAAUGUAGGUGGAUAGCUAUGCCACAGCAUGCAUAAAUUGCACAUUUUGUUUGACUUUCUUUAUAAAAUAUUUAAUUUGAGAAACAUAAUUUAUGCCAAAAAAAGCAAACCUUACAAUUUUGCCAUUUAACUAGGUUGAUUUAGCACAAACUACAAAGUCGUGAGGGCAGAGAGGGAGAGUGAAAGAACUUUUAUAGAUAAUUGUUGUGUAAUGUUCCAUUACUGGCCUGUCAGAAACCCUAAAGCUGCAUUGUAAAACAAUGGUGUAAAUUACUUAGGAAAGGUGGUAAGGGAUUGUGAAAAAAAAAUCUCAGACUUACUCUCUAACCACAGGAUUUUCUUUUUUAUUUAGUAAUACGCUGCUACAUAUUUGGAGGUUCUGGUGUUUGUAGGUCACUGAACAGACAUUGAGAUCUGAUUUAUAUUGUAUAACUGUAACAUAGAAAGAAAAAGUAUUUAUAUAUUUUCCGUAAGAAUAUUUCAUUGAGUUGUGUAUAAUUUAAAUAAGAUUUGUCCCCAGAUGGUUUUGCUCAUCUUGAUUUUUUUGUUGUGGUUUUCAUUGUUUUUGUAUAAUGUGUACAGUUUAUGUCAAGGGCAUUAAAAAGCCUCCUGAAGCAUAAUCUUAUCAAAGGGAUACAUUGUUAAUAAA